CUGCGCUGCGGGGAGGGCAGGCAAGAGAUUGGAAAUUGUUCCGUCUUUCUGCUGCAGUUAUGGCGGCUCCGUUAGCUCAAUUCGAUGAGGACUGGCAGGACUUUUACGAAUUCAAGCCGGUCUCUGGUUCCCAGAACCGACUUGACCAAGUAAAUUCGAACGUGGGAGAAGUCCGAGGCCUGCUGGAGGAUUUUCCCGAGCUAGACAACAGCUUCUCCGGAGAGAUCGGCAGCUUCAAGUCCAUGGAGGACUUGGUCAACGACUUCGAUGAGAAAUUAACUGUGUGUUUCCGAAACUACAACACCAAGACCGAAAACAUAGCCCCGAUUAAACCAAUUACAGAGGAAAACAUCAUGAAGGACGACGAGAUUUGGAAUGCCCUGACGGAUAAUUAUGGCAAUGUGAUGCCAGUGAAUUGGAAAACGUCUCAUACGCGAUCCCUCCACCUGCCGACAUUGAACCUGAUGGAGAAAGGGAAAAUUGACAGUGUAAAUCUUGACUUGUCAGAUGAUGAGGAGUUGAGGGAACAGCUGGACAUGCAUUCCAUCAUUGUCUCCUGUAUAAACGAUGAGCCGCUUUUCACUGCAGAACAGGUAAUUGAAGAAAUCGAAGAAAUGAUGCAGGAGUCUCCAGACCUAGAAGACGACGAGACACCCUCACAGUCUGACAGACUGUCAUUGCUCUCUCAAGAGAUACAGACACUGAAGAGGUCCAGCACGAACAACAGUUCUGAAGAACGUGUGAAGCGGCUGUCUGUGGCAGAGCUAAACGAGCUGCUAGAGGAGAUUGAAACAGCCAUCAAGGACUACUCUGAGGAGCUGAUCCAGCAGCUGGCCCUGCGUGAUGAGCUAGACUUUGAGAAGGAGGUCAAGAACAGCUUCAUCGAGGUGCUCAUUGAGGUGCAGAACAAACAGAAGGAGCAUCGCGAGAUGGUCAAGAAAAAGAAGAAGCUGAAGAGCGGUACCCCGCAGAACGGAAAGCAGGAGAGGAGUCAUAUGCCUGGAACUCGCUUCAGCAUGGAGGGAAUCUCAAAUGUCAUUCAGAAUGGCUUCCGCCAAACAUUUGGAAACUCAGGCGGGGAGAAACAGUAUUUGACUACAGUUCUUCCUUAUGAGAAAAAGGGAGGACCACCAUCUGUUGAAGAUCUUCAAAUACUCACCAAAAUUCUUCACGCCAUGAGAGAAGACAGUGAGAAAGUGCCAAGCUUACUGACGGACUACAUUUUAAAAGCAUUCGUGUGAAAACUGGAUCGAGUUCUCUGUCCAACCUAAAGGAAUGAUCUGGCUUCCAAGAAGAGUGUGACAUUGGGCACUGGGAUGGAAUUGUUUUGUUCCCAUGACAACUUGGAGGACUCAUUUCUGUGCUUCAUACUGAAUGACUUCUUCCCCAUCAGAGCUCUCGCUUAGCCUAAUGUUUACUUAGUUCCCAAUGUUGGAAUGUAGGUCUUUUUUUUUUUUUUUUUCAGACUGAGUUUGCAAACCAUAUAUCUAGUUACCAUGCUGUAGUUGUUUUAAAUAUUUUUCACAGCAUAGAGAUCAAAAAAGGAACAACUGUACAGUUUCAACACAAAGUAUUGUUUUUAGAAGUGUAAUGACUAUUUCUACAGUGAGUAGAAGGUAGAGGUGUUCCCUUUCCUUCCCCUAUUGUGAAGGGGUCGGUAACUUUUACGAGUAAUUAAACUUUUUCCAACCUGUGUUUAAAAGUGACCUCCCAGUUUUAAAGGGAGCUUUAUUUCAGUUUUGGUACAAAAAGGGAUUGUUGUUUUUAUGCUUCACUGAAGACAUUUUAGAUUAUGAAUAAUUCUUCUAAAUUGUGCAAUCUAGUGAAAUUUCUGACCUUUCAGUAUUAAUUACCAACAGCGUUUCAAGAACGAUCCAGGCAUCUACUAGUACUUUUAUACAACAUAGCAUUAUCUUUGAGUUUGUAGAAGUCGAGGUCUGCCUUGUGUGUAAGACUGGACAGAUUUAUUAUGUGUUAAUAUAUCAUUUGGUCCUAGGUGGGAGCCUACAUUUCUCUUACAAAAAAAAAAAAAAAAAAAAAAAGAAAAUCUGUAUAAUUUAAAAUAUAUUUUAUUAACAUUCAUAUGCUGUUGCAUCUCCCUGGAGUGGCAGCUGAAUUAAAUCUCGAGGGUGGUGGGGAGGUAUUAUAUCAAAAAUACAAAUGUAAAUCACCUUAUACAGCUUCUUUUCAAUAUUUAAAUUCUUUCUAUGGGUGAAUGGGCAACCAAAGUCAAGUUCCUCUCUCAUUUGCCAAUUUAUUUAAACAACGACAACAUGGCAUAUUGAGUGUGAGGAGAAGUCUUUUCCGAAUGUGUAAAACCUAAAACUAUGUUUUUAUGCUAGCAAGUUCUAUAAGUGAACUUGAUUUGUCAUCUAGUUCUAGCUGUUAUGUGGCAUGUGUGUUGGACAUUGGCUUUUUUAUUAUGUACUUUAAAACGUUUUAAUAUAAUUAUGAUGCAACACUAAAUAUAUUUUAAGUAGGUCCUGAACAAUGAAUCUAUUUAGCCUAUUAAGUCUGUUUUAUUGCAUGUUUUGUUAUGACGGUGGGGUUUUAAAAAGGAUAUAGCAGUCAGUGUGACCAUCAUUCUCAGUAAAGCCUUGGAUCCUUCUUGUAACACCUCAGUUUUAAAAACACACUAACACUGGGAGUGACUUAAACCUUGCUGCUUAUAUAAUAGAAGGCUAAAACCGCCAGGACAACAAAAGAAUCCAAUAUGAAUAUAUCAUGGGCCAGGGGAGGUUCUCGUGAAAGGGUUAGAAGAGACUGCUUCAGUUCAUUUCAAAUAAUAAAUAUAUUAAACCACUUUGACAAACAGCUAUCACAGAGCAAAGGUGAUUACUAGUAUACUGAAUUUGUAUUGCCUGAUCAUGUAAGCAGAAGGACAAGCAUUUCAUAACAAUUUAAUAAAGGCAAUAAAGUAAAAAGCCUUUAAUAAUUCCAUUGCGAGUUCCAGAUGUCAUUUAAUAUUGUAUGUACUGUAUACAGUAUGUAACCAAUGUCUAAUAUAAUAGUGAAGUUUUCUGCCUUGACAUCCAGUACGGUUUAUGCCAGUUGCCCUCUUGAAAAAUUGGACAGUUUAGUUGGUAAUUUUUAGAUAUUUGUUUUUGACCAUAUGGUUGUGAUUCUGGAGUUCUAUAGGAUUAACAUACGAAAUUCAAAAUAAUAUUUGUUACCAGUGAGAAGGUUGUGGGAGAAGUAAAUGUUUUAAUCCAGUUGCGUUUUCUCAUCUUUCUAUCAGGCAAACACAAUUCAGAAUCCUAAUGUUUUGUCCCGUUAUAAUUGUAAACAUGGCCCUGUGGUUUAUCAAACUUGUUAUGCAGCAAAUGGGCAUUACCAAACAGUAAUAAUAAUAUUAAAAAAAACUCCAUAUCCGCUUGCAUGAAUCCGAGAGGAUUGUUUGUGUUAUGUUUCUUACAUUUAGUUUACCCUCCAAUCUACAUGUAAUGAGAAAUAAAUUAUGUUUUUAUGAAUAUGCACAAUGUAAGGGUUUCUCUAAUUUUAUUUCAAUGCAAAUGCCCAAUGGAAACUUUCCCUUUGCUUCAGAUUUGUCAUCAAAUUGAGGCACCACCACCCCAUUCUAGCUAAGGAUAAUCAUGUGCAAUGAAUGUUUAUUUUGUAAUAGAGUUAUAGUUUUAACUUUGUCCCUCAAUUGUCAACAUAAUAUGUGACUGGGCAUGCUAGCUCUUUUUAAAUGUAGAAACAACUGCAUGCUACCCAAAAGUUGUGAAUUGUACUGUUUUGUGUGCUGUGUGAAAAAACAAAACAACAGGGAGAAAGGAUUUGUUACGUUUUGUGAUAAAAAGAAAAAGCAGCAUUUUUUGUUUACCUUUGUAUGAUUCUAAUGCAAGGGUAGGCAACCAUGGUCCUUGAGGGUCAGUCCACAAUAUAUUAAGAAGUAUAAUUAAAUAAAAAAAACGGCAAAAAGUUAUAUUUCACUCAGAUCCAAUUAACUGCCCUGUCCAGAAACUAAAAGUGUGCCCAUACAAACACACCUAAAUCUGCGGUAUUUGGUCCAUCGUGUGAUGUAACCAGUACUACCCUUUGGAAUUGUAAUUGUCGUCAGAGACAUAUUUAACCUCUCAUUUAUGUAAAGCAGAAUUACCCGUAUGCUACAACAUUUCUCUACAGGUCGCAGUGGGCCUUUUAGUUAACGAGGCAUUUAGAUAGGUCCAAGUUUUUCAUUGGUCCAUUGUUUUGUUUUUUUUGUUU